UGUCCCUAGUUAAAACAUAGCUUCAAACGUAAGCAAUGGAGCGGUUUAAGGUCUGCGCACAACCUACGUACGUAUAUGCUUAAACUUGAAGCUACUCGUUUCUUCUCUAUAUAUAUAACCUCCAUAUUCCUGGCAUGGAGGGCCCCUUUCUUCUUCUGGCAUAUUUCCACUUUUCUCACAAUUUAGAUCCCACACGUCCUGGCCUUCUCAGAAUAUACCUUUCUUCCAAGAAUUAAUUCAAGAAUGUCCAACUUUUGCUUUUCUCCUUUUAGCUCUGCUUCUCUCAGCCAGACAUCUAACAGCAGUAAUCUAUUUGCGGGGAACUCUACUGGUUUGUUUGGAACAACUUCAUCAGCUCAGUCUCCUGUGUCAAUAUCACCUUCUUUUGGCGGAGCUUUCACACAGCCAUAUUCUACCAACAAUUUUGGCUGGGGAAGAGGUAAUGUAUUUGGUGGGAAUUCUACAGGUGUUUUUGGAACAACUUCAGCUCCAUCACCAUCUCUGCCAAUAACAUCUACUUGUGCUGGUCCUCCAUUUUCACCUUUUCAAAGCCAACCAAAUGCCAACUCCCCUUUCCCUUCUGUUCAUUCUUCAAACCUUUUCUCUCCUCAAACUCAAACACAAAACAGUGGGCUGACACAAUUUUCAUCAUUUGCCAGUAAACCGAAUGCUAAUUCUUCAUUUGCCACUCUUCAAUCGAAUCCGUUUUCAGCUAAACCAAAUGCCAGUUCUCCAUUCCCCUCAACUAGUUCAAAUUCCCAUUCUCCCUUUUUCUCAGUUCAGCCAAAUCUGUUUUCUUCUCAAAAUGAAACCAACAAAGGAGCCUGGGGAUUUUCACAAUUUCCUGUCCAGCCUAGUUCUAAUUCUUCUUUUCCCUCUGUUAGCCCUAAUCCGUUCUCUAAUCAGCCUCAAACUGCUGGAUUCAAUGGAUUUAAGGAUUGUUCUAGCAGCCAAUCGAAUGCCAGUUCUCCUUUUCCCACAGUUCAUCCAAAUCCGUUUUCUGCUCAGAAUCAAAGCAACAGAGGAGUUUCUGGAUUUGCGCAAUCUUGGAACCAGCCUAAUGCCAAUUCUCCUUUUACUUCGGUUAGUUCAAAUCCAUUUUGUAUUCAAACUCAAACAAGUGGAUUAAAUGGAUUUGUGAAUUGUUCUAGCCAGACAAAUGCUAACCCUUCCCUUUCGUAUCUUUCAAAUCCAUUUGCCCCUCAAGCAAUCCCUGCACCCACACCUUAUUCUUCUACUAAAAUGAUGGAUGAUGGAUAUUGUAAAUCCAUUUCUGCCAUGCCAUGUUACGCAAAUAAAAGCCACGAGGAACUCAGGCUCGAAGCCUACCAGCUUCAACACAAAAAGGAUGGAAAGGGAGCACUGCCACAGGCAGAAAUUGGUGGUUCCUCUCUGGUUCCUCCAGCGAACCCAACCAUCACAAACUCAUUUCCUGCUGCUGUUUAUUCACCAUUCAAUCCUCAACCAACAUCUUGGAAUCCUGUUCCACAAGUGGAUGCUCAACCAGUUCCUUCAAGCCUAUUCUCUCUACAGAAACCGCCAUUUCGUUCUUCUUCUUCUCCCCCCCUCUGGUCUUCAACAACUCCAUCAGUGAGCACUUCUGUUGCCCCCGGAUGGCUCACUCCUACUUCAGCAACAACACAAGAAAAUACUUUUGCAUCCAAAUUCUUUUCACCUGUUUCUGAUUCUUCCAAUUCAUCCCUUAAGUUUACUCCUCAAUCUACCUUGUGCCGGAAUUGCAAUGGUAUCAAAGGUCAGACAUCUCAGCCGUCCUCAAUUGAACCAAGUACACAGCCUUCUCCCAAUCAGCCGAACCCGUUGUGCAUUCAAAAGACUGCAGGGGAGCUUGCGGAAGCUCCCUAUUCAACUCCUCAGGCUCUACAGAUGACAUCUAUCCAUCCUGCAUCUAUUAUUUCAGUUCAGUAUGGGAUUUCGUCUUUAUCAGUUUCUGACAAGGCAGCCCCAACAGGAAGAAGAUCCUCCUCUCUCAUAGUUCGACAUUCAUCUUUGAGUCGAUCUAAGAUGCCUACUCUAAGAUACAAUAAGGAUGACAAUGUUUCAAGAGUUCCGUUUUUCACGGCUGGUGAGGGAAAGUCAACAGGAGGUGCAAAGAUGAACUUUGUAAUAUUUCCAAGAGAAAAUCCAAGGUCUUGGAUUCAUCCCCCAGCAAAAGAGUGUUCCCAAAGUCAUAGUCCAAAGAUAUUUCCUGAUAUGGAGCAUACAUCUAUCACUCUCUGUGAGAGUGGAAAUGUCAUGGUAGAGAUGUCUACUUCAGCUUCAACUUCCUCUUUGCAUAUAGAUACUUACAUCCAAGAUGGUAAGCCAUAUUGUAAAAGCAUAUAUCAACAUCACCGUCUAAUAGAGAGUGUAAGAGGGAUCUAACACUUGACCUCCUAAUUUAGGAGAGUAGAAGGUCUUUAAUGUUCUAUUAUUAAAAAUAUGAUAAACACAUGAUUAUAGAAAAAUAGUAUGACUAAAUGACAAAUAUGUCCUUCAUCAGUUAUCUCUAUCAUUUAUUAGUGUUUAGCAUAGAAUGAGAGUAUAAGGGCAAUAUUUUAAGAGUAAAUAAUGCUGAAAUUUUUGAACAAACUCUUUUUUAAAUAAAAAGACUCCUCUUAGAGAACAUCUGGAAUAAAUGCAUUAUAUUUUUUUGGUAUUUAGCGGGAUGCUAUGAUUCGGAAAAUCUUUGGCAUGUUGUAAUAAAAAAUGCUACUACUACUCUCAUACUACCUGCAUUUGGUUCUUAAUUUCUUAUAAUCAUAUAACUAUUUAAGAAAAUGCAGGUAAAUCCACACAAGUACACCCAGCCAAAGAAAGCCAAAUUGACACAUGCGAAGCAGUGAAUAAUAAACAUGACAUUGACGUUGAUGCCACUAUGCCGACGCUAAGAUCCGAGAAUUACUAUACAGAACCUACCAUACAAGAAUUGACAGCAAAGGAAAAGGAAGAACCGGGCUUCUGCAGAAGUGUUCAAGAUUUUGUGAUCGGAAGGCAGGGUUGUGGUUCCAUCAAGUUUAUAGGCAAGACGGAUGUUCGUGGGCUUGAUCUUGAUGCUUUGGUCAAAUUCAACCACCGUGAGGUGAUGGUGUACAUGGAUGACGACAGCAAGAAACCUGAAGUUGGAAGAGGUCUCAACAAGCCCGCUGAAGUGACACUUCUUAAUCUACAGUGUGUUGACAAGAAGACGGGCAAGGUUUACAGAGAUGGACCGUUGGUUGACAAGUACAAAAAUCUGCUCAUAAGAAAGUCAGCUGAGCAAGGUGCAGAGUUUGUUUCUUAUGAUCCAGUGAAAGGAGAGUGGAAAUUUAAGGUCAAGCACUUCUGAAAUGUUUAAUGAUGAGUUUUAGACUUUUUCAUGAGUUCUUCUUUUGAUUCUGUAUUAAAAAGGUGUAUAGGUUAUAAAGUCAUUUGGGUUAGAUUUGUCUAUUUAAGUUGUGAAUUAUGAUGGCUGUUGGCUUAGUCCAUAUUUUGGCUUUGAUUGUUGGUUUAGUCCAUAGUUUUGCUUUAAUUCUUCAAUUUGGUCUGUCUUGUAAAUUAUCUUUGAAGGUUAUAAUCUCCACAGUGCUUCUGAACUGAUCUUCUAAUCUUUAUUGUGCCUCUAAGAUAUCUUCAUGGUUCUUCAAAGUGCUUCUAAGAGGCUUUUAUUGUAUUCUCAAAAUUGUAAGUGAUACUGUGAUAGUAUCUAGUCAUUA